AGUCGCUACGUAAGACGCCCUGAAGCUAUACCCUAUUCAAUUUAUUAAAGUGUACAUAGAGUUGGGCCGUACGUACAUACAAUUGACAAAGGGUCGACGGGUACGAGCGAUGUGCCAGCAUACGUCAUCAAUCUGUCUCGCUGACCCACUUUCGAGUAUUGACACAGAGUGCAACACAAUUGUACCAGAGUCGGGUAUAACGACGGAGGAUUUAUGCAUUACGAAUAGCUGAUAAUGAUGAACAAUGAGGACCAUCGAUUCUCGUACGUUAUAUUACUGUGCGCACUUGCGUGGCCGACGAGUAGAUGCGAACCUCCAGUAAACAGCUACCUCCCACCGUCUGGAUCCGGUGGCCGACCGUCCUCGCAGUAUGGACCGCCUGGAAGUAGUGGUGGCUCGUCAGGGGGCUCCCAGCCCGGAGGAGGGCCUCAGGACUCCUACUCAAACGGCCAGACCGGCCCGUCAGUUGACACACAGUAUGGUCCACCUUCAUCAAGGGGCAAUGGACAAGGUUCUCAAGGCUUUGGGUCUCCGUCACAAGGUCAAGGCGGAUUCAAUCAAGGGCGAGGCAACACACCCAGCUCACAAUACGGUGCACCGGGUCAGGGCAUCGGUCAGGGACCUAACGGAAGAGGACCAGGCGGGUCGAGUGGACGGGGCGGGCCUGGUGGUAGAGGCAGACCCCAAUCCUCAUACGGCCCACCGAGUCAGGGAGGUGGCUUUAACGGAGCAGGUUCCGGGUUCGGUCAAACACCGGACAGUUCGUAUGGCCCGCCACCCUCAGGUGGGUUUUCACCUGAUGGUCAAUCAGCCAACCAGCGGCUAGGUUCCCAAUCACCUGACUCCAGCUACUUGGCACCUGGUGCCGGUUCUCAAGGACCUGGUCAAUCUCAAGGUGGAUUUGGUGGUCCUGGUGGUCAACCGUCAUCAUCUUAUGGAGCUCCUGGCUUUGGCGGCGGAUCUAGUGGUGGUUCUGGUGGAAGAGGCAAUGGCCGUGGACCUAGCUAUGACGAUGGAGAGUCUAAUGAGCCAGCAAAAUACGAGUUUAGUUAUGACGUGGACGACUCGCAGACAGGUACUAAAUUUGGUCAUUCUGAGAAGCGCGAUGGCGACCUGGCCACUGGGGAGUAUAACGUAGUGCUGCCCGAUGGCAGGCGUCAGGUUGUCGAGUACGAAGCGGGCCUGCAGGGAUACAUGCCCCAGAUACGAUACGAGGGUGGCGCUAAUGGUGGUUCGGGAUCAGGUUUUGGCCGUGGUAAUGGCGGUUCACAAGGCGGUGGCAGCCAAGGCUAUCCUCAAGGCGGUCCAGGUGGUAACUUCCCUGGUGGUGACAGUGGAUAUCCAGGCGGCGACCAAGACCAGUCAGGGCCACAACGUUACCAAGCCCCGGGCGGUUCCGGUCAAGGAGAUGCUGGUGGCCAAGGAUUUAUGGGAUAUCCGAGCGGUAGGCCUGGUGGCAGAAAUGGUCAAGGGUCUCGCGGUCCCGGACAAGGCGGACAGCCAGGAUCAGGAGCCGAAGAUUUAAAUGGUGGUUCUAAUGGUUACCCAAGUGGAGGCCCUCAGGGUAAUGGUGGUUAUUCUAAUGGCGGUCCUAGAGGAGGCAAUGGAGGUAAUGGCGGUAAUGGAGGCUAUCCCAGCGGGGGUCCAGGAGGCAAUGGAGGAUACUCUGAUGGAAACGGUGGUAACGGGAACGGCGGUGGAUACCCGAGCGGAGGGCCCAACGGUUCUCAAGGCGGUAGAGGUCAGAACGGAGGAAGAGGGCGGCCCGGCUCUCAGAAUGGAGGCAACGGUGGCGACGAAGGCUACCCCAGCGGUGGGCCAAACGGUCCGCGGGGCUCUGGCUAUUGACGAAGAUGACAACGAAUACGGCUACUUAAUGAAAUUAACGAAACGCUUCAGUGAGUUUUACAAAACUUACAAACCUAAAUUAAUUUUAUAGCAUUGUAAAUAAAUUAUGUAAAAAGAAA